AUGUCCAACAAGUUGAAGAUCCUUGUCCCCUUGAAAAGGGUUAUUGACUAUGCAAUUAAGCCCAGAAUUAACAAAACAAACACAGGAGUCGAGACUAAGGGCGUCAAAUUCAGUAUAAAUCCAUUUUGUGAUAUUGCUUUAGAAGAAUCCAUUCGUCUUAAGGAAAAGACACCUGAGUUAGUUGAAAACAUACAUGCUGUAUCAAUCGGACCAACUAAAGCACAAGAUAUAUUGAGAACUGCAUUGGCUAAAGGAGCCGACACUUCAACAUUGAUUGACGUGGGUGAAGAGACGGUUGAGCCAUUACAAGUGGCCAAGUUGUUGAAGAAAGUAGUGGAGGAUAAAAAAUCAAACUUGGUGGUAUUGGGAAAGCAAGCCAUAGACGAUGAUUCAAAUCAAACGGGACAAAUGCUUGCCGGGUUAUUGAAUUGGCCACAAGCUACGAAUGCUUCGAAAGUGGAAGUAAAAGGAGAUGAAGUUUUUGUGACAAGAGAGAUUGACGGUGGUGCUGAUGUGUUGAAAGCUAAAUUGCCAAUGGUGGUCACAGUAGACUUGAGGUUGAAUGAACCAAGGUAUGCUAGUUUACCAAAUAUAAUGAAAGCUAAAAAGAAACCAUUGGAAAAAUUGAAAUUGAAGGACUUGGGUCUUGAUUCAAUUGACAAUAGGUUAGAAGUGGUGAAGGUUGAAGAACCACCGGCAAGACAAGCUGGUGUCAAGGUUGAAAGCGUUGACCAAUUAAUAGAAAAGUUGAAGGAGUUGAAAGCUUUAUAG